ACCUCAGCGGCAACUGUUCCAGAAACCACCCGGCCGAUCACCAAAACUCGGUGUAGAAGAAGACGGCUGUGUCGGAAACCGGCCUUUAGUCGCGUAUAAGAUACGUCUGGCCUAGUCGAAUACCCAGCGUUCGUUUUGAAUCGUCCGCUAUUGGUUCAGCGUUCACCGCUAUUGAAACAGAGACUCUGACUACCGUUCACACCGUAUAUAUAGUACAGGCGAUGGAUCAACGGCCCAUACCUACCUCUUCCAGUCACCCAACGCUGUGUCGUAGCGGCUGCGGAUUCUUCGGGAACCCGGCCACUGACGGCAUGUGUUCCAAGUGCCACAGAGACAGCGAGGAGGGGAAGAGCGAGAGAGAGGGUCCCGCUACCAGCUCCGCCGGCUCCUCGGCCCGCGUCCGCCCGUCACUUAGCGACUCCAUGACAGCGACCACCACCACAGCUUCUUCUAGACUUGGCCAAAGUGAACUAACUGCCACUCCAUUAUCCUCUCUCCCUGCCUCCUCAACCUCAUCUGCUGCUACCUCCCUCUCCCUCUCCCUCUCCCCCUCCCCUCUCACCUCAACCAAAACAACACCAAAGAAAAAUCGUUGCUACACGUGCAAGAAGAAAGUUGGACUAACAGGAUUUGCUUGUAGAUGUGGCCACCAGUUUUGUCCUCUUCAUCGCUAUGCCGACACUCACAUGUGCACCUUUGACUACAAGACGUCCGGACGCGAAGAGCUAGAGAAACACCACCCAAAGAUAGUGGCUGCUAAGAUCGACAGGCUCUGACCGUCCAGCUCUGCCACUACCACACAUGGCUGUUUAGGGACCUUGCAUGCGUCAAAGACCCGAGUUUUUACAAAAGCUGUUUCUCGCUUGUGUGUAUAUGUCUAUGUACGUAUUUUGCAGCCUAACCAUUUGAUAAUGUACUAAUGCAGCAUGUGUUAGCAUUAUUGAUGCUCCAUUUUUAUCAUCAUCACUUUGUGCAGUUACAUCAGGGGCAUCACAUCUCAUUAUGAUAACAUUGGAUAAAACACAAGGAAAAUUCCGUGCAGCUACAUGCGAAGGAACGUGAUUGUGUUGAUGAUGUCAUCAGUUAAUUAUCUUGCUCAGUUUGAUAAAUUGCCAUAUUCCUUCUCCUGAUUACCACAGCUGGCUUGACACAUUUAACCCCUUCCUCCUCCAGAUUGACCUUUGCCCCCUCUUUAACCCCUUUCUCCGGCUCCCCCUCGUCCAGAGAAAUCUCGUCAGGGUUUCUGUCAGGAUCUGGAACCACAUUGGGACGCGCCUCCUCGCCUCCAGCAACACAAGAUGAUUCACUGUCUUGUAGCUCUCUGUUUAGAUCAGUUAUCUGCACUUGGUUCUGUUCGUUGUCCAUGACGACAGCUGGUGAACUCGUUUGACCGGGACUAAACUGGUUUUGCUUUUCGCCUGGUGAGUUUUCAUCAAGCCAGGGUAACGUUUUCUGUCAGGUGUACUAGUGUUGGGCGCAGCCGAGAUCUCCUUCGUCAGUUCUGAGGUAUCGCCAUGGCGACCUGGCUCCUCCUCCUCGUUCUCGUCCGAGUCGUCUCCGAGG